AUGUCUCUGAAUAGACUAAUGGAUUAUAACUAUUUUGCAGGUUUUGAUAUUUUAAAAAAUUUUGAUAUUGUAAAUUACUUAAUAGCAGGUAUUGUACUUUUAGCUUUAGUAUUAGCUGUAUUUAACGAAGAUGCAUCAGCAGGAUCUCCAAGAUUGUCAUGGGUAUUAGGAGAAUUUCUACCUAUACAACAAAGUAUUUUUACUUUAAAUUCUAAUGUAGAAAAUAGAUUGUUUAAAAAAAAAAAUAGUAAAUUACAUACUUUUACUACAUAUCUAUAUAAGUUAUCUAUAGAAUUAAAAGAGUCAAUAUCAGAAGGAAACUUCAUGAAUUUAUUAAAAAAAAAGACGAAAAAUAUAAUAAAAAAAAUUAUAUUAUAUAAAAAUUUAUCAGUGUUAAAAUACAAAUCAGAGUCUAAAAGGCAUUUGUUUUAUAUGUUAGUAAAACAAAAGUACAAUUUACCUAUUCAAAAAGAUGAAUCGGAAAUGAAAAGUUAUUUAGACGGGAAAAGAGAAUUGAUUAGAUUAGGUAGAUGGUCUUUCAUGUGGAAAGUAUCAGAUGUUAAAAAUGAAUAUAUUUUGUGUGAAAAUAAUAAAGCCAGACCAAUAUCUUCAUAUUCUUAUCUUGAUUUUAUAAGAGAACCAUUAGUUCAAGAUGCUGCAAUAGAAGCAGCAAAGCAAUGGUCAACAGGAAACCAUGGCCCAAGAAUGUUGGGUGGAAAUAGUCAAAUAUUAAGAGAUUUAGAAAAAGUUGUUGCCAAUUUUUUUGGGCGCAAUGAUUCAAUUUUAGCUGUAUGUGGAUUUUUAGCUUGUAUGUCAGGUAUAGCAGCGGUUUCAACCCCAGAAGAUUUGGUUUUAUAUGAUAGUCGUACUCAUGCAUGUGUAAAAAUGGGAAUACAAGCAGGUGGUUCAAAAAAUUUUAUGUUCAAACACAAUGAUCUUAGUCAUUUAGAAUUGUUGUUAAUAAAGUACAGAAAUAAAUAUAGAAAUUGCUGGAUAUGUAUAGAAUCAGUAUAUUCAAUGGAUGGUGAUAUAGCUGACUUGCCAACAGUUAAAAAAUUAUGUAUAAAACAUAAUGCAAAGUUAUACUUAGAUGAAGCUCAUGGAUUAGGUGUAUUAGGAAAAACCGGAAGAGGGUUAGAAGAACAUUUUAAUAUGCCAGGUGCAGCUGAUAUUAUUGUUGGCACAUUUAGUAAAUCUAUAGGAGGGGUUGGAGGAUAUAUAGUAGCAUCUGAUGAAGUGGUAGAAUUCCUAGAUUUUCAUUGCAUUGGUAAUGUUUUCUCUGCGCCUCUACCUGCUUACUGUGCAGGAGGUGCAAUGAAAGCUUUUGAACUAAUUGAUUCUCAACCAUGGAGGAUAGAGAAACUUAAAUUUAAUGCAAAAUAUUUAAGAAAUGGAUUAAAGACUGGGAUGGGCCACUGGCCAAAAGAUUACCCAGAAAGUUAUAAAUAUAUCAUAGAGGGAGAUGAUGCUACUAGUGUAAUACCUGUUAUUUUUCCUAAUGAUCCUGAUAGAUUAUUUAAAAUUAGUAACGUUUUGUUAAAAAUGAAUUGGAUGAUUUCUGCUGUAGUUUAUCCUGCUUGCCCAUUAAGAUAUCCAAGAUUUAGAGUUACAGCAACAUCUGCUUACUCAGUAGAAUAUAUGAAUCAGUUCAUUCGUGAUAUAGUAUAUGCUACAGUUAGCGUGAAACCAUCUCCAUUUGAAAAAGAAUUAAUAUCCGUAUAG